AUGUUGACCUCUACAGACACAAUAAACACUGUCAAAGAGUUCCAGGAACAAGACUUGAUUAAGAACGUAGAUUAUAAAAUUCUCAAACAACAGGAAGGACAUCUGAAUAAGCUUAUUGAUAGACAAGACACAUUUACUAAAAAAUUACAAAUUCUUUAUGAAAGGUUGGAUGCGGUGAAAAAUUAUGAAGAAUUUACUGAUUUAUUGGUUAAUAGCUCUACUCUAUUACGUGAGAUAUUUUCUCUUGAUAAUGCGCAAAAGAAACAACCUUUAUUAAACCAAUUAGCUCCAAGUAUUGAUUGGAGUAAGUAUGGGUUACACAAUAUUAGUAAUUAUAUUAUUGAGGACGAUGAUUUGAUAUCAUUACAAAAUGAUGGGCUGCUAUAA